CGGACGCGGCUGGGUGCGGCGCGGCGGGGCUGGGGGGCCGGCGGCCGGGCGCCGCCUCCUUCCCCGCCCUCCCUGCUGAGGAUGGAAGUGACGAAGGCAGCCGAGGAGGUCACUUCCUGCUGGGGUGGAUGAGGAGGAGCCCGAGACGCCGCGGAGGAGACCGGACCGAGGACUGGCCGUGCCGGGGAGCGGGUUGACUGAUACAAAGCUGCUUGCUGCUCGGAACAGGAUGAGGAUAUGUGAAUCUGAACGGAAUGGAUUCAGAAUGCAGCAAGACUCCCUCCACUUAAUGAAUAGAAGGUUCUCUGAAAUGCCUGCUUUAAUUCCUUCUUGUUGAAAGAGAGAAAAUCAGGAGGGUGAAAAUGAAAGCAGGCUGUAGCAUCGUGGAAAAGCCAGAAGGAGGUGGAGGGUAUCAGUUUCCUGAUUGGGCUUAUAAAACAGAGUCAUCCCCCGGCUCCCGGCAGAUCCAGCUGUGGCACUUCAUCCUGGAGCUGCUGCAGAAGGAGGAGUUCCGCCAUGUCAUCGCCUGGCAGCAGGGAGAGUACGGGGAAUUUGUCAUCAAGGACCCAGAUGAGGUGGCCCGCCUCUGGGGCCGCAGGAAAUGCAAACCACAGAUGAAUUAUGACAAGCUCAGCCGGGCCCUCAGAUACUAUUACAACAAGAGGAUCCUUCAUAAAACAAAAGGAAAAAGGUUUACUUAUAAAUUUAACUUCAGCAAGCUGGUGAUGCCCAACUACCCGUUCAUCAACAUUCGGUCAAGUGGUGUGGUUCCCCAGAGCGCGCCGCCGGUACCGACAGCCUCCUCCCGGUUCCACUUCCCACCUCUGGACGCCCGCUCCCCGACUAGUGACGUGCAGCCAGGGCGGUUCUCUGCUGUCUCCCUACCCGCUUCUGGCCAGGACUCAACUAAUGGCUCUGACAGAAAGGCGGAGCUGUCGGAGCUGGAGGAUGGCUCAGCUGCUGACUGGCGCCGGGGUGUGGAUCUCAUGUCCUCCCGGAAUGCCGUCAGUGGAGGAGGGAUUGGCCAUCAGAAACGCAAGCCUGACAUAAUGCUUCCUCUGUUCACUAGGCCAGGGAUGUACCCUGACCCCCACAGUCCCUUCGCUGUUUCUCCAGUCCCUGGCCGAGGGGGUGUCCUUAACGUCCCCAUUUCACCAGCCCUCUCCCUGACUCCCACCAUCUUCUCCUACAGCCCAUCGCCAGGCCUGAGCCCCUUCACCAGCAGCAGUUGCUUCUCCUUCAACCCUGAGGAAAUGAAACACUACCUUCAUUCUCAAGCCUGUUCUGUGUUCAACUACCAUCUGAGCCCGCGGACAUUUCCCCGUUACCCAGGGCUCAUGGUUCCCCCGCUGCAGUGCCAAAUGCAUCCUGAGGAGUCAACCCAGUUUUCUAUCAAGCUGCAGCCCCCGCCAGUCGGGCGCAAGAACCGGGAGAGGGCAGAGAGCAAUGAGGAGCCAGCCCCUGUCGCUGCCCCCACCGUGGCUCCUGUCCCCGCAAGAAUCAAGCUGGAGCCAGCCUCUGAGAAGGGUCCUGACAGUCCGAGGCUGCCGGCUCGGGAGAAGGAGGAGCGCUCGAAAGAAGAGGGCGCCGUGCCCAGCAGGACCGUCACAGAGGAACGAGGCACCGUCUUUGCCCGCCCAGCUGCCCUGCCUGCCUGGGCCACUGUGCCCAUUAGCGCCCCAAGUGAAGAGCCCCUGGAGGUGACUGAAGACAGUGAGGACAGGCCUGGGAAAGAGCCCAGUGCGCCUGAGAAGAAGGAGGAUGCCCUGAUGCCACCCAAGCUUCGGUUGAAGCGACGCUGGAACGACGACCCUGAAGCCCGGGAGCUGAGCAAGAACAGCAAGUCCCUCUGGGACGGGCCGGGACCCCGGGGCUUCGCAACAGCAGCUGCCGACGCAUAGAACUGCAAGUGGCUGGGGAGCUGUUCGUACUGUAAUCAAUGCAUACGUGUAUUUAUGUAGCAAGAUUUCAGGGCGGGGGUGGGGCGGGAGGGAGGGGGGGAGGGAACUAGACUCUUUGAUCAUCUGGGACAUAGACGUCUGUUUUUAUGUUUGGGGGAUGGGAUGGGGUACCUUCUGUUGUAAAUUAGGUGGGAUGUGAACACACUCUCCUGAUGAGUAGGACACAGGAAGGGUGUUGAACUGAAGGGAGAAAGAGCCUCUGUUUCCCAUGGAGGCUUACACUUUGUGACAAGCUCCCGAAGGGCCAAGAUCCUGUUUGGUCCCAUGAUAGUUCAGGUUCCAGACUUCUUUCUUUUCUAUUGUAUUUAUGUAUGGAAAGCCAUUAGCGAAUUUAUUUUGCUCUGAGAGAUGCAAGUAAAAGGGAAAGGGCGUGGUGGGGAGGUUGAUCAGUGAGAGACCAUUAAUAGUACAUAUUUUGCCUGAAAUGCUUCUUUAUAAUUAUUUCAGGGGAGGAAUAAGAUAAUCUCAGUCUUACUGGGGCGGGGAGAUGGUCAGAUGUUGCUCUUUUUCUUUUUUCCUUUGUUGUUGUUUGGCAUUUUUUCUUUGCCUUUUUAAAAAAUAUUUUCAGGAAACAUGAAGAGUACUGCCAGUUAGAGUGGGCCGGGGAGGCAGGCCCAGGCGCCGCGGUUGGGACCGGAAGCCCUGCUGUGAAUUUCUGGACUUUUUACCUACUUCACCUAUUAAGAAGCCAUGAGGAGUUGUAAACUCUUGUUCAGGGAAGGAAGAAGAGGGCAGGAGGAUGUAACCCAAUGCCUUUAAAAACAGAACAAACACAAAAUGAUCUUCAUUUUUCCUUUUCCAUUGAGGGUUUGGGGAGCCAAACCAAAGUGUGACUGUGAACAAGUUCACUAAGAGGCGUGACAGCGUCGGAGAUGUCUUUCUGUUGUGUCUGGUUCCCUUAUCAUUUUCUGAAGUCAAGCCUUAACAAUGAACAUACUUUAACAUGAUACGGGUCUGUCAACAUAAACCUGUAAAAGGGCAUGGACAGCUUUUCAGAUAACCCAGAUAUGUCGAAACAUGGUUAAAUUUUGAGCUGGUAUUUAGUUGUCCCCUCUUGAUACUAUCGGGAUGGGUAGCAAAAAGGCAGAAUUGUGGGAAUUGAGGGCAGAUGAUACCUGGAGACACUGAAGGUAGCUGGGGAAGUACAUGUGGACGUCCACUGAGACUGAAGGAACAGGUGGACAGGAGAUGUGGAAGGUAUCCAGGGACCAGAGGGCCUCGUGUGAAUGAAGGGGUGGGAGUCUGUCCUGCUGGGGCCUUGCAUCCUUGCCAUGCCCAGUUCCCUGGGUUGUGACAGUUCUCACCAUCGAUUGGCUGUCUUACCUGAGACUCCGGUUUACAGAUAGGAGUUGUUUCUUCGUGGGAAGUUUCUUUUCAUCAACGUAAAGGAAUGGGAAAGUACUGAUCUUAUUUGAAGCAGAAGGGGCCUGGACUAGUGACAGAAUCCACAGCCAGCUGUCUGCUUGUCACAUGUAACUGUGUAGCAUAUGGAACUAAUUGAGCAUGGCUCAGAUCUGCCGGGCAGCAGGGAGGGAAGAAGCAACUCCCUCUCUGAGAGGGGCAAGGAGUGGGCACAGGGAUGCUGCUAGGCAUUAAACUCCCGACUCCACUGUAGCCUGUGUGAGUCCCCUUGGAGGGCUGUCCUUUAAUGGGAGCGGGGGAGCCUUUAAGCUGGAGUGCAUGCAUGAGAGAGGGGCUCAGGAAGGCCUAGAGCAGGUGAGUGAGUGACUAGGUGGCUGAGGAGGACUGGAGCCCAUCAUGCUGUUUUUUGGCAAGCGUCGUCCCCCUUGUUUGAUUCAUAUUCCGUGAGUGACUUUUCCCUGGGAAAGGGGUUGGGAGAAUGGUCCCUAGCAACUCAGGCUUUGAUCGGGCUGCAAAGGACUCCCUGUUCAAGCUGCCUUUAGUUGGGUUGUGUUUUUGUCAGAUUCUCUGCACCUCAACUUACCUCGAGUUAGAAAGCAAGCCCAGGCAAGUGGAGGCGGGGUCUCUGGUUGGCAUUGCCCUAUCUAACCAGGGAGGCUGGCUGGCCACCCUCUCUGUCCAGUAGAGGGGAGGGCCAGUGAGUGUCGGUAUGAACUCAGGAAUAGAAACUUGAGGCCUUUAAAAUAAGGAGAAAAAUUCAUGAUGCAUACCUGUAAUCCCCUAGAACCCAAGUGCCAGAAUUCAUUCCUAGAUGCUGCUUCUGUUGGAACAAAGUGUCACUGCUUUUACACUUGAAAAAAAAUACUCAAAAAAUGUUCAACUCCAUGAAAAUGUUUUUUGGCUUUAAGAAAUUGUUGGUGUUUAACUGUUUCCUCUGCUUGCUCUUCCACCAGUGAGUCGUUGAUUCGUUUGCACUGCACCCUGGGGUGGGGUUGGGGGAGGGUCCUCAAACAGAGCCGAACUUGGGCUUGCUCAGGAAGUGGCCCCGACUGGGGAGCCUGGAAGUCGUUGAUAUUUCCUGGGCAAAAAGGAUGGAGUAUAGCUUCCCCCCGUCCACUCCUGGCAGCACCCGUCACCAGCCGGGCCCAAAGCCAGGCCUUUCCCUUCUGUAAGCAUCCCAUCACUGUCUGACAGCUGGCGGAAAAGGGACAAAACCAGACCUAUUAUUUCUCCCCCAUUUUUUAUUCCAAAUUUUGCUGUGCCAAAUGUUUAAAACUUUGCAAAUACAAAUCUUGGAAUCAAAAACUUGUUCACGCAAACAGUUUGCGUUUUUGACUAUAGAAAAAAAAUUGUCAAGAUCUCUUAAGGGCAUCUAGCCUUGAUUAGCUUUUUUUUGUUUUAAAAAUGAUUAAGAAUGAAACAUAAAAAUUCACCAAGUCCCUUUACUCCCAGUUUUAAGCUGCACUGUUGAACCCAACCUGAUAAGUAAUGCAGGGAAUUACUGCACCCUAGUCCUCCAUGGGCCAAGAAACUUUCGGAAGCAUUAAAAAAUAAUAAUAAUAAUUAAGUGUAUCACUUCUCACCAAGCAGGUCAAGUCAGUUGGCUGUUGUCCCUUGUUUUUUUAUUUAUUCCAUAAUUAUGUUUGUGCAUUUUGUUUUGUAAAUGGUAGUGGAACAUUUUAAUUUUGUUUAAAGGGAAAAACACGAUCCAGUCUUUCAAGAACUGUUCCACUGGGGGGAGGAGGGGGCCGCCAAGGGGAAGUUACCAGUUAACCUGUUUUGAAUUAUGUAGGCAUUCUUUGAGUUACAGUUGUGAUGCAGGGAUUUGUGAGUGAGACACUCAAAUGGGAAAGAUGACUUCCCUAGUUACCCACUUAUGCAGAAUCAAUUGUGUGUAUGUACAUAAAGUGUAAAUAAUCUGAACUCCAUUGUGCAGUGCCUUUUAGAUGUUCCACUUUCUAUAAAGUCUUCAAAUUUUUGCAUAUAUAUUAUAUAUAUAUAUGAUGUAAUGUUAUAGAAAUAUAUGUAUAAUAUACAUAUUUUUUCCAGGGGUAUCUAAUAGCUCUGUAUUUUGUUAUGGAAGUUGAAAGAAAAGUAUUUUACCUCAGAAAUUAAAGUUAAAUAAAAAAUAAUAAUUUUAA